AUGAAAACUCCUAGAUAAUCCUACAAAACCCUCAGAACUUCGCUUUUGGCUUCGGAGUCUAGCCACAGAUCAACAUUCUCUAAGAGAACUGAGCUUCAUUACUUGCUAAAAAGAAUCAUAGUCCCAAAUUGCAUGACUUUAAUUAGGAUUAGGAUGGAGCUAAUUCAAAAUCUCGUACUCAUAACAAUCUUAACUCUACAAAGAUCAAACUCGCCACCCCCUCAGAUUGAGCCCAAAUCAGAUAAAAUCGACUCAGCAAUAACAAAGAACAAAAAACAGAAUCCCUAUAACAAAGCGUAAAAUAUGCUUGAAAACAACUCUACUAACAAGUCUGAAAAUAAUGCGUUAAAACUUAUCAAUCCUCACAAGUUCAUUCAACAGAAUAAUUUUAUACCAGUACCUCCAAUUAAUAAUGGGUCUCAGCAGAAACCAAAUAUGGGUAUAUACUAGCCACCUAGUUCUGCGGCUAUGUUCUCUUAGCCAAUUUCAUUUUACCCUUCUGGAGAAAACAUUACUCAGCAUAAAAUACCAUCUAGACAGGAGUAAAGAUAAAAGAAUUUAUAUGUUUUCACUACUCCUCUCAUUAACAAUUCUUCAAAUAUUGGAGGUCCUUUUCAAGAAGCGUUGAUGAGAGAAAAGACUAGAGGUCUUAAUAGCAGCAAUAACUAAAACAACAACAACCGUUAUCGGGAUUCAACAUACUUAACUGAGGAGCAGAAAUUCAUAAUAGACUAAGCAAGUGAAGAAUAGGGCAAUAGUGACGGCUCAUUAAGUGACAGAAUAGUUAAUAUAAGUUAAGAAUUCAUUAAUAGACAGGUUGAUGAGGAGGAGUUGAGACAAUCUGUUACCACUGAGGGAGAUGUUUAGGAGGAGGUUAAAGUUGAAAAUGAUGAUCCUUACUAUUACCAGAAUCAUCCAAACAAGAGACUGAGUGGUGGUAAUUCAAACAUUCUAGGAGCUGUGAAAGCAAAUCAUAAACUUAAGGUAAAAGAGCAGUACUCCCCUUAUAGAUAAUCUCAAGCCAGACUUUCUAAAAAUUCAAUCAGGUAUUUCCAAUAAGUUCCAUAGAAAUAGAUUCAAAGUGACAUCCAUAAAAAUUUAGACACCGAAGCAAGCUAUAAUACGAACUCAAAAGUUGUCAAAAGGACUAUAUUUACUAAUAACAAUGGAGUAUAACGAAGAUAGUCUCCUUAGAACUUGAUUAGCAGUAGUAACACCUCAAGGAUUUAACCAUUAGCUGAGAGAUAGAUAUAUUAGUCAGAAGAGCCGCAGAUAUAUGUUGAGACUGGUGAAAGACUACUCACUAAAACUCCCAUGAAUAUGCAUCAUUAGAGACUUAACAUAAACACAUCAAAUCAAGGUAACUACAAGGACCUGAUAUUUAUCAGAUCAAGGUCUCAUUCAAAGGGAAAUGGCUAAAAGAGGAUAAGAGUUCAUAGUAAUAAUAAUGUCAUUAACAUAAAUUCGCAAAGUUAACUCAGCAAUAGAAGCAGAAGCGGCUCAAGCGCUUCCUCUUAAUCAAUAAACACAAUUUAAAGAAUGAAAAUAGAAGAUCAAAAUGCAAUAAUGACUCCCCAAAAGAUGACCUUAUCGCCAGGAGCUACAUUCCAACAAAGAGGGAGAAAGAUAAUUCAAAAUAAAAACCCAUAGUAUAUCAGUCCAAAUAGGAAUUCCCCAAUCACGCAGACCUAGAGCACUCCACAGGCAUAGCCUAACUUUGGAUUCACUCUUCAAGGAAGCAACACUAACCUUAUCAAUCACAUAGUCUAAGACCAACACUAAUAUUAAAAUGAAUAGCAGUAAUUGCCAUCUAGAACAGAUAGAAUUAAAUAAACCUUGAAAAAUAUAAUUAGCAAUUAACAACAAUAAAUUGAAGAGCAGUGUAAAAACUUACCAUAGUCAACAACCAAUAGCAACAACUAAUCCAAGCCUAAAUUCAUUUUGAAUAAAAAGAAGAUUAAACUUAAACCUCUUGACUCCUAUAAUAACUUCAAUUUCAACCAUUUAUCUCUGGGUAGUCAAAGGGCUAAGAGAGACUACUCGAAUAUCAGGAAUGCUGGUGGACUCAGAGAAGUUUUGAGUCCUUUUUAGGAUGAGUAAUUAAUUUCUUCCUUGUCAAAGUAAAACGAAGGACUCUAGCAAAUGAUUAAUUAUCAAGUUCAAUAGAUUUAAUCUAUUGAAAGCAACAUUUAGCACUAGCAAAUGCAAUAGUAGCCUAAAAUACAAGUUAGUAAGCAAGCAAUCAAGAACAGAUUGAGGCAAAGUUAUGAAAAUCAUACAAGUCCCAACAGAUACUCAAUUAUGAGCAGCAUUGCAAAUAGCAAUAGAAUAUUUGGAUCAGGAAUCAGCCCAACUACAGAACUCAGAAAUAGUAACAAUGAUUUCAACCUUGAGAAUAAAGUUAAGAGUAAGGAUAGAAAUUAAAACUAAAUUAUAAGAUAUCAGCAACAAUGA